AUGCUUACCUGCAAAAAGCUAAGUGGUAAAGGAGGGGCAAUGAUGCUUACUAUUAUUCUAAUUUCCCUUGGAACAAUAUAUAGAGAACUUUACACUGUAUUUUAUCUUAUGGUUGAGGUAUAUUGCUGGAUUGGAGAAUUUACAGACACUGUAGUAUAUGGAUUCUUUGUCUUAGAUAACACAUUUUAUCUUAUAGCGUAUAUUUUGACUAUAUGGAAAUGGCUUGACUUUGCCCUAAUAGUAAAGGCUUAGAACCAUAAGAGGCUAGAUGAUUUUAAGAGAAACUAAAAGAAAUCAAGACGUGCUCUAAUUAUUAUAUGUUCUAUUGUAGUUUUGAUAGACAUAGCUGAACUGCUUACUAUAUUAUUUGCUCAAACUGUUGAUUUAAGUACCAUGCUUAUUAUCUCAACUAUAAAAGCAGCAUUCAAAGAGCAAUUUGAAAAGCUGCAAACAGAUGGAUAGUACUCUAAUGGGAAAAGUCUAAACAUCGAUACUCUUUCUACUAUUGAGGAAGGUGAUGAUGAUUUUCUUUACACUUAAAAGCCCUAAUUUCAGUUUGAAAAUUUAGAAAUGCGGCUUCAAAAUAAUUUCAAUCAUUUAAAGCCAAAUAGUUCAAAUCCAUCUCCAUAAAAUAUUGAUGUGCCAGGCUAAAUAGGUUUAGGGAUAAAUAGUAGUCAUAAAUUUAAAACGUUUAAAAAUAAAAAUAAUGGUUUGGGAAUGCUACUAUCUAAUCAUUAAAGCUAGGGAAGAGAAAGCCUCAUGAGUAAUCAUCAUAAUAAUAGAAUAACCUUUGAAAAUGAACCUAGAAAUUUCUAGGAUCUUUACAAAAACAAUGACUCAUGA